CGCUCAGCUCGGCUUCCCUGGAGUGCAAGAGAGCUCCUUGGGACUGGCAGGGCUAGAGCCGGGGAAGCUGCUGGAGUGACUCCCCUCUCUGACACCUCCACAUAACUGGUCUCUGGAGGGGACCCCUCUGAGAGGCUGGCAAAGGGGAGCCCCCUCCCUCCUCUGCCUGAAGUCUCUGAUGGUCGGACCGCCAGUUCAACUAACUUUGCCAAGCACCAAAGAGAUCUGUGAACAAAUCAAUUGGAAGAAGAAAACCAAAGGCUAAAGCCUCCGAUGGCUUUUUUUUUCCCCCUUCCCCUCCUGCUGUCGUUCCAGCUGUAGCCUGGGAUUAAUUAAGUGCUGUGAAGUCAGUGCCUGAGAGGGAAGGGGUGGGGGGGGGAAUGCAUUCUAUCUCUAAGGAAGGAGUACAGUAACAGUUCUCAGCAGCAAGAAACCUUGGGAAGUGAAUCGCUCUCCUUGGCAGUAUCUGUGCAGGGACUGGAGGGAGCGGGAGACUGCCAGGCUGGAGGAGGCUUGCCUUUCAGAAGCUGGAGAGGAUUUGAUGGGAGUUCGCCUUCCCCUGCCCGGGAAGAAUUUCCCUUCUGGUAGCAGCGGCCGCAGCAGCAGCAACAGCAGCAACAGCAACAGCAGCAGCAGCAGCAGCCCUACCUCCUGUUCUGGGGAACAGGGCAGAAUGCCUGUGCUGGAGCGCUAUUUCCACUCGGCAGAGCUAGGCAGAAGGUGGACGGCCCUAGAAGGUGUGCCGCCCUCCUCCCUGGGCAGCCGGCCGGAGUGCCAGCAGGGGCCGCUGCCCUGGGACUUGCCCGAGAUGAUCAGGAUGGUAAAGCUGGUUUGGAAAUCCCAAAGUGAACUGCAGGCGACCAAACAGAGAGGCAUUCUGGAGACUGAAGAUGCGCUCCACAGUUUUGCAGGAGAUGUACGACUAAGGGGUCAGACGGGGGUUCCUGCUGAACGCCGUGGCUCCUACCCAUUCAUUGACUUCCGUCUUCUUAACAGUACAACACACUCGGGAGAAAUUGGCACCAAGAAAAAGGUGAAAAGACUAUUAAGCUUUCAAAGAUACUUCCAUGCCUCAAGACUCCUCCGUGGAAUUGUCCCACAAGCACCUCUCCACUUGCUGGAUGAGGACUACCUUGGGCAAGCCAGGCAUAUGCUCUCCAAAGUGGGAAUGUGGGAUUUUGACAUUUUCUUGUUUGAUCGCUUGACAAACGGUAACAGCCUAGUCACACUGCUUUGUCAUCUCUUUAAUACACAUGGACUCAUUCAUCAUUUCAAGUUAGAUAUGGUGACCUUGCACAGGUUUUUGGUCAUGGUUCAAGAAGAUUACCACAGCCAAAACCCAUAUCAUAAUGCUGUUCACGCUGCUGAUGUCACCCAGGCCAUGCACUGCUACCUGAAGGAGCCAAAGCUUGCCAGCUUCCUCACACCUUUGGACAUCAUGCUGGGACUGCUGGCUGCAGCAGCACAUGAUGUUGACCACCCAGGGGUGAACCAGCCAUUUUUGAUCAAAACUAACCACCACCUGGCCAGCCUCUAUCAGAAUGUGUCUGUGCUGGAGAAUCAUCACUGGCGAUCUACAAUUGGCAUGCUUCGAGAAUCAAGACUUCUGGCUCAUUUGCCAAAGGAAAUGACACAGGAUAUUGAACAACAGCUGGGCUCCUUGAUCUUGGCAACAGACAUCAACAGGCAAAAUGAAUUUUUGACCCGAUUGAAAGCUCAUCUCCACAAUAAAGAUUUAAGACUGGAGGCUGUACAUGACAGGCACUUCAUGCUGCAGAUUGCCCUGAAGUGUGCUGACAUAUGCAAUCCCUGUAGAAUCUGGGAGAUGAGCAAGCAAUGGAGCGAAAGGGUCUGCGAAGAGUUCUACAGGCAAGGUGACCUUGAACAGAAAUUUGAACUGGAAAUCAGUCCUCUUUGUAAUCAACAGAAAGAUUCAAUUCCUAGUAUACAAAUUGGUUUCAUGACCUACAUUGUGGAGCCGCUCUUCCGGGAAUGGGCCCGUUUCACCGGAAACAGCCCCCUGUCCGAGAGCAUGCUGAACCAUCUUGUGCACAACAAAGCCCAGUGGAAGAGCUUGAUGCCCGGGCAGCACAGAAGCAGCGGCAGUGACGGUAGCAGUGGCAGCCCAGACCACACAGGACCAGGGACUGAGAAGCAGGAGCCGAUUGUGAGCGAAGGCGAUGCCCCAUAGUGCGCGCCCAGUCUGCACCCGUUCUGCAUGCAGAGAGAACAAGAACCACCUGCAGCGCCCCCCUCCCCAGGGGGUAGAAGCUCUGAGGGGGAUCCCGCGGAGAAACCCAGACAACUCUCUGGGUCUCGACCUGGGGCUCUUUGGAAUGCAACCCUCCCUCCUUCUACCUGCCUCCCCUCCUUUUUCCAAGUGUACAGAAGCCAUUUGUCACCUCAGCAUUAGCUGCCGAAAUGAGCAACUCCAUUCAGUAAUUUGGGAGCCAAUUCUAGGGGCAGGCUUGCCCCUCCAGGAGAAGACUGGGGAGUAAGAAAAGAGGUACUUCUGCCUGUCCCCCCACGGGUCCUGGGUCACACUGUGACAAGCAGCAGUUCCUAAAUCCAGAGCAUGUUAGUGAUUGCCCCUGUGUCCGCUGAUCUGCAUGACAGAAAACACCAGCAUAUUUGGACCUCCAGGGAUAUGGGUCUUCAUAUAAAGGCACAAAAGAGAGCAUGGGAGAAAGAACCUUCUACUUUAAUAAUAAUUAUUAUUAUGAAAUAAUAAUAAAUCUUUUCAGCGUUUCUUUCUAUUUUAUGCUCUAGACAUUGGAUCUAAAAUUUUGGACUAAGAUUAUUCAAUGCACCCAAACUUGAACAAAGGGGUUCAUUGUUUUGUUCACUGACUUUAUGCCACUUUGGGUCAGAGAUCUGGCAUCUUCUCAAUUUAAGAAACCAUGUUUCCUGGAUGAUCCGAGGGGAAGGUGCUGUACAGUUCAUUCCUCCACACCAUUGGCCAAUCUGUCUUUUAUCUAUAUCAGAUUCAGUGACCUGUUUAUAUUCACACAUGUACAUUUUCUGUAAAUACCAAGCGCUACUGAUUCCCAUGCCAAAAUACGUGAGUAUUAUGGGAUUGCUACCUGUAUAAACAAUGGCACUGUGAACAGAAUACUGUUAGAUUUACUACAAGAGAAUGCAUUUGUAAAUAAUGGUAUAGAGUUUAUUAAUAUACUAUGGUUUGCAAAUAAAGGCCUUAACUUUAGACAUCUUUCACCUUCUGAAAGCUGCCCACCUCUAAUCCUCACAGACGUCCUUCUGAGCUGCCUUCCCACGUUCAUCUUUAUGCUUUCUGACUAAGGUCACAAGCAAAAUCUGAAAAAAGUUUUUGAGGAAAUGGUUUGGAGACUUCACAUGCAUUCCACUUGAGACCAUAGUUUUUCAUCUAUGGCACCAAGCAUCGUUUCCUCUGAUUAAUGAGACCCUUCAGCAAGCCUGAAGUCACUUUUCAACGCAGAAAUGUUGCACACUCUGUUUUAGCGAACCAGCUGAUAAACUUGUGAUUACAGGACUCUUGUCAUGGACAUGGCAGUGUGUCAACCUCACCAGAGACAUGGCAGGUCUCAAAAACUUUCUGUUAACCCUGUCAUCUGUCAGGGUAUCCCCUGCUUCCCUCCUACACUUUCGUCUGUUAUGGCUACAGUACCAAAGCACCAAAGGUUGAUGUGCAUUUCUUUGGUGUCACUAGUAGCUGGAUUUUUCUUUUUCUUUUAUUUCUUGUGAACAAAUAUCCAACAGCUUAGCUGGUUAACAUUAUUUAAAUAAAGAAAAUAUUUCAGUUAUCUGACAGAAUUUACCUUCCUGGCAGGUCAUGGGAAUAAUUAUGCUUCUUGCUGGCUAUCAACUUCAGAAUUUGGUUGUCGCUUUUGUUUUUCUUUAUUUCUGCAGACGCUUGGCAGUAAUAUCAGUUUUUUACAGCAUUCUUCUCUAGUAGACUAAAUUCUGCAUUGUACCUUUCCUUUUAAAAUUCUAGCAAAACAAAAACUAGGUGAAAAUUGAUGUUACCUUGUGCUUUUUACCUUAAACACUAUUGCAGUGGGAGAAUGAUAAUACAAUAUUGUCUGCCACCAUCAAGCUUUUUCACAAGCUGAUAAAAUGACAAGCUCCCAUUUCCUAAGGGCAACUCUUUUUCCUGCUAAUGUGCAAAUGAAACACUCGAAACUUGACUGGAUUAUAACAAGUUCCUGUAAUAAGAGAGACUGAAGCUUGUAGAGUUAAAGGUUCAGGGAAAUUUUUGGAAAGUUUUUAUAUUUAUAUAAGUAGGAGAGAUUUUCAGAUGGUGCUGAAGAAAGUGUGAAACCCUAAUGAAAUGGGUGGACGAUAAGUUGAAAUUGUGGUAUGGGUAAGAGGCAAGUUGUGAAAACUUAACACUUUAUUUCUGUGUAACUAUGAAUGGACACAUGUUUCUAUAUUGUUUUAAUAAUUCAGAACUGUCAGCUUGGUAAGACCCCCAAAGAGAGUAUGUUCAGUGUAUUCCUGUCUUCAAAUUGUCCUUAUUUGUUUUGGUGAUGUAGGAAGGCUUUGUGAUCUUGGGAGAUCUACUUUUAAUCUACAUGAAAUCAAAUCAAGCAAAAGAAUUAUUGGGAUGAUAUGACAGUGGCUAUGGAUGAUAUUUGGAACCAUACGGUAGAGAUGAGGAAAAAACAUUAUGUUAGCUAAGGGGGCCUCAAACUUGAGUUUAGGAAAUGGACUUUGUUUAUAUACAACCAUAUUUCUGUCAAAAUAUUAAUAAAUAAGACUGGGAGCAUUGUAAUAAGCCCAACUUUAAAAAACAAAUACAUGUUUAUGUGACAAUUAGGUCUUUAAAAAAUAGCUCUUAGAGAAACUCAUCAAUCAACCUAUGAAGAAGCUAUUAGUACAGAGAAAAAGUAAAAUAAAAUGAGACAUGAUGCAUUUAUCUUUUUAACCAUCUUGAAAUUUUUUUAGUUCCUCAGAUUUUUUUUUCUUUUUUUGGCAAAAAAGGAGAGAAUGUGAAGGGGUUUUUUUUUUCUCUUUUUUUCCUACUAGUUGCUCUCUUACAAUAUUUCAGCAGAAGAAGUCUAGUUGCUAUUGAGUCACAGUUCUUGGAUAAUCCAUAGAUUUUAUCUUCAUUACAUUCUUCUCCUAGUCUAUGGGUCAUCAAUAGUUGAUGUAUCAAGUUUAAUUCUUAUAUUGCUAGAGAAGAUCAGAAACAAGAAGGCUGUAUUUAGUAAGCAACAGAUCAAAUUCAGAGAAAGAAACUAUAUAGCACUGCCAGGCCUAAUCGGCUUUUCCUUUUCACAGCAUCCUUGUAUCAGAACCUUUUUGCUGAAACCUUGACUUACCCCAGACUCCCUGCUAGGCUGAAUAAAACUCCCACCAUUUCUACCUGCUUUAAGGCUUCCGUAAAGGGGCUUGGAGCCUGUCCUGCAGCGCUGUUUUUAGAUAAUGCUUCCUACAAAACACAGAUUUGUUUUGUAACUUGCACUCACAUUGAAUCAUAUUUGCUCACUGACUUGGGUUUGGUUAUAAGCUUGUAUUUCACUGUAUUUCUUAUGCUUUAUUCUUUUAAGCAAACCUUUAAAACUGUGUUGUUUUGUGUACACAUGAAGUUUGGGGGGGGGGAACCCACCCUGUGAGUUUUGCUCAAUUUGUGGCCCUGUGGCCAAAACAUCCAUUGGCAUGUUUAGAUGAAAAAUUAAAAAUAAAGAUAAUUUCUUAAAAACAUCACCAUA